CUGUCUAUGGUCAAAGUUAAAUCUUGUUGCUGACAGAAACUGAAUUUCGUGUUUUGUUUUUGUUAAAUUCGAAUCAAGAAUCUAUCUAAACACACUUUACAUAAAAGUUUACAUACCCAAAUAACUAAAAACUAUUGAUUUCUAAGAUGCCUAAACGAAGGAGGCUACUCAACUCUCCGAGGAAAUCACCCAGAAUCAAUACUACCAAAGCACCCAGAGAUGAUAAUAUUGAAGAGAGCCCUAAACUGGAAAGAGAGGUGAGGACAGCCCGAGGGCGGUUCAUGGGGGCUCUACUUGAAGCUUUAGAAGCUGAAUCUGAUGAUGAAAGAUAUCAUACCCCUCACAAGAAGAAAGAGAAAGAAGUAUCUGAGGACGAAGAUUCUGACUCUAAACACACACAGCAGAGACAGACUUACGUGUUGAAGCUGUUUGACCGCAGCGUGGACCUGUCCCAGUUCAAGGAAGACACCCCCCUGUACCCCAUCUGCAGGGCUUGGAUCAAGAACCAGCCGAAAGCUAAUUACCAUGUUACGAGCAAGCACGAGUCUCCCAAAGCCGAGGCGCAGCUGCCGCCGCCGCAGGGCCCCCUGGUGCCACGCGUGCCUCCACUGCUGCCUGAGCAAGUGGCUUCGAGCAAGGAUAAUAUCAACUUGGACUAUCUGCCCUCCGAAGCCCCAUCACUAGAGCAGCUGCUCAGCGGCCACCGCGGGCGCUGGGGCGCCGUGCGGCGCGCGUGGCUGGCGCAGGGCGCCGCCGUCGAGCGAAGAUAUGACGCCUCGCAGCGCGCGCUUAAUGCUAUGAAUAAUCUUUGAUAUUCGGCUUCAACUUCGAGUUAGGAAGAUAAAACCUAAUUUUAAGACUGAAAAUCAUUACGCAACUAGAAAGCUAUUCGAUUUUUUUCUAUACCUACA